AUGGCGGCUGGACAUAGAGCUAUCGUUAGAGAUCGAGCUUUCCAGUUGACUGUCGGUGACACUGUCAACCUGAGCCAGCCCACAGUAAGCAGAGUUUGCCGCCAGGUUGGACAGGUGCUUUCUGCUCUUGCAGACCGGUAUAUCUGCUUCAUCUCCGGUGAUCGUGUCCGCCAAGUGAAGCAGCAGUUCGGUGCCAUGGCUGGCUUUCCCAACGUUGUCGGGGUAAUUGAUUGCACCCAUGUUUCAAUAAAGAAGCCAUCGGCCAAUCCAGAGGAUUACAUUGGGAGGAAAGGAAUUCCUACAAUAAAUGUUCAGGCUGUAUGUGAUGCCUCAUAUAGGAUUACAUCAGCAGUAGUGAUGUGGCCAGGGAGGACACACGAUGCACGAAUCUGGCGCCAAUGUGCACUCCGAAGGAGGUUUGAAGACGGUGAUAUGCAAGGGUUUUUACUUGCUGACAGUGGGUAUGCCUGUACAAGGUAUAUGUUAACCCCCUACAUGAAUCCUGUGGGAGAGGCACAGGCACGUUACAAUGGGGCACUGUGUCGCACAAGGGUCACUGUUGAGCAAACCUUUGGAAUUUUGAAGCAACGAUUUCAGGUACUUCGGAGGAAGUUGAAUUGUUAUCCAGAAAGGGCAUGUAUGCAUAUCAGAAACUGCAUCACAUUGCACAAUCUGGGGAUCGAUCGGAGGGAUAUCGUUGCUGUUGACCCAAUUGACCCCAAUGAUAACCCCCAUUAUCAUAGAGUUGAUGUUGGUGACAACAUGGAUGGGAGGGCCGCCAGGGAGUACGUGACCAGAAUGUACUUUGAGCGAUAG